AUGGCUAAAGGCAAAGGAAAGCAGUCGACUGGGGCUAACUCGGUUCCCGUCAAGAAUGACACAACCGCCAGGCCAUCAAACGACGGUGCCCUUUCCCAGCUGGAAGAGAGUGCCUUUGCGGGUCUCCGCCAAAAGAUCGAACAGAGGCUAAAGGACGGUGCUGCGAAACAGAAGUCGAAGAACAAUAAAUCGAAGACGGCUCCUACUGCCGAUACGAAUAAUGCCAAGGGUGGUGCAACGAAGUCCGAUACGAAGUCCAAAUCUCCUUCCGACAGCAACGUCAAGGGCAAGAAACGGGAUCGCAACGGUGAUGUGAUUGAGAACAAGGAUAGCGAGAUAUCUAAGUCGGAUAAGAUUGAUGACAAUGAUACCUUGCGACAAGAAAUCUUGGCCCUCGGAGGUACCGAGGAGGAUUUUGAUUUGCUUGCGGGUGUCGAUUCAGAGUCGGAAGUCGAGGACACAAAGCCCUCCAAGAAAUCGCAAGGAUCCGCCGAAGACUUGAGAAAAGAGCUGUCAAGCAUUCUUGCGGCUGCAGGCCAGGUUGUCCCGGAUGACCUCGCAGAUGACGAGGUAGAAGAGGUGGAGGACGAAGAGGAAGAGGAAGAGAAUGAAGAUGAAGAUGGAGAGGGAGAAGCGGCGGACGAGGCCGAGUCUGCUGAAGAGCAGUCCAGCCCAGAUGACGAAUCUGAAGAUGAGACUUCUCAACAAGUCAAUCAACCGGCAAAGAAAGAGGUCAAGGAAACAGCACCGGAAGUCAUAUACCCGAAAGAGUUCUCGAAACUUCUCGUCUUACCUCGAUCAGAUUGGUACAUGACCGCCCUCCCUGCCAUUUCGACCAAGCAAGCUGCUACCGGCCUUCCACGCUAUUUAGUCGACCGCGUGCACGCCUAUGCCAUAUCGCUACUCGAGAAUGAAAACAAGGUGUACGCAGAGGCUCAACAGGCCUCGGCAUCCUCCUCAUACAAGUUCUACAGCACCAUUAUGACGACCGGAACCCUCAGUGACAAAAUCUCGGCUUUGACGCUGGCCGUACAAGAGUCGCCUUUGCACAACACAAAAUCAUUGGAGAACUUAGUCGCGCUUGGAAAGAAGCGCAGCCGUGCCCAGGCGGUCGAAGUUCUUCGUUCACUGAAGGAUAUGUUUGCGCAGGGUACAUUGCUGCCGAGUGACCGUCGGCUUCGUUCGUUCGCGAAUCAGCCAGCCCUUAUUGCUGCGUUUCAAAAUGCCGGUAGCAAGUGGACUGAAGGUGCCCCCCUCCCUGGCGGUCUCAAAAACAGCCACCUGAUUGUCUGGGCGUAUGAGCACUUCCUAAAGGACCAGUAUUUCGAGGUGCUGAAGAUCCUGGAGGUGUGGUGCAAUGAUGAGAUUGAGUUCUCUCGUUCCAGAGCGGUCAGCUACGUCUUUGAGCUGCUUAAGGAGAAACCAGAGCAGGAGGCCAAUCUCCUGCGACUGCUUGUCAACAAGCUCGGCGACACAUCCAAGAAAAUUGCGUCUCGGGCGUCAUACCUACUCCUGCAACUUGAACAAUCUCACCCGCUGAUGAAGCCAACCAUUAUCAAGGCGGUUGAAGAAGUUCUUUUCCGACCGGGUCAGAGCCAGCACGCUAAGUACUACUCCAUCAUAACCUUGAAUCAAACCGUAUUGAGCGCCAAGGAAGAACAAGUUGGAGUUCAGUUGCUCGAUAUCUACUUCUCUCUCUUUGUGGUUUUGCUUAAGCCUAAGAAACAUGUCAACCCUAAGGGUGACACUAAGCAUGGAAAGGGCAAAAAACGAGGUGGGAAGGACAAGAACAACGCUGAGACGCAGAAUGAGGAGAUGCAGGACAAGCUGAUAUCGGCGGUUUUGACCGGUGUCAACCGAGCUUAUCCAUUCACUAGCUCAAAUACCGAGAGGCUUUCGAAGCACAUCGAGACCCUCUUCCGCAUCACGCACUCAUCAAAUUUCAAUACUAGCAUCCAAGCACUCAUGCUGAUUCAGCAGCUGACAUCAACUCAUCAAGUAUCCAGCGACCGUUUCUACCGAACUCUCUACGAAUCCCUGCUUGACCCUCGGGUUGCUACCUCUUCGAAGCAGUCCAUGUAUCUCAACGUGUUAUUCAAGGCGCUCAAGAACGACGUGAAUACCCGACGAAUCAAGGCAUUUGUGAAGCGCAUUGUCCAGGUUCUUGGCCUGCAUCAGCCUGCUUUCAUUUGCGGAGUUUUCUAUCUGAUCCGUGAGCUGGAGAAGACUUUCAUCAGUCUGCAAUCUCUUUAUGAUCAGCCGGAAGACAAUGAAAGUGAUGAGGAAGAAGUAUUCAGGGACGUUCCUGAUGAAGAUGAUGUCCAAGAGCCAGCACCAGUGCCCGAAGAGAAAUCCAUACCUUCCAACCGCUAUGACCCCCGUAAGAGAGAUCCAGAGCACAGUAACGCUGACAAGGCGUGUCUCUGGGAAAUACUCCCUUACCUAUCUCAUUUCCACCCGUCCGUUUCAGUCAAUGCAACUCAUCUACUGGAGCACCAGCCGAUGAGCGGAAAGCCCGACAUGACUCUGCACACAUUGACACACUUCCUCGACCGCUUUGUCUACCGAACGCCAAAGGCAACGGCUUCUACGCGCGGCUCUUCGCUUAUGCAGCCACUUGCUGGCAGCGAGGCAAAGGACAGGUUAGUCACUACCAGCCAGCACAGUCAACAACUACCGCUCAACUCGGAGGCAUUCUGGAAGAAGAAAGCCGAAGACGUUGCGGCGGAGGAUGUCUUCUUCCACGAGUACUUUAGCCGACUUGGUAAGGACAAGGAGAAGGCCCAAAGGAAGAAGAAGAGCAAAGACCCGGUUGAGCGGGAUGAGGAGGGCGAUGUGGAUGACGACGACCUCAGCGACCAGGAGUCUGAAAUCUGGAAGGCACUUGUUGAUUCAAGGCCGGAGGUUGAAGGCCCAGGUGAUAGCGAUGAUGACUUGGAUCUUGAUGACCUCGAGUCGGCUUACGACAAAUCCGACGAUGAGGGUGACGAAGACGAGGUCAUCUUCAACGAUGAAUCUGAUGAGGAGAUGGAGGACGUUGAAGAGGAAGACGCUGCGGCCAAGGUCAAGGCAGCCAAGGCUAAGAGCCGAACUUCCAAGGACGACGACCUCGAGGAUGAAGAGGCCUUUGACAUGGACGUUUCAGACGAGGAGGCCUUUGUCGACAGCGACGAGGACUUGCCGUCCGAUGUCGAGCUGGGAGGAGUGGAACUCCCCAAGGAAGACGACAAGGCCGGGCGGAAGAAGAGGCGCAAGCUCAAGCACCUGCCGACAUUCGCGUCGGUCGACGACUAUGCGGCCCUGCUUGCUGGAGAGGACGAGGGGAUGUAA